AUGAAGAUUAAGAUAGGUGAAGUUGAUGUUGAGUUUCCUUAUGAGCCGUACAAUAUUCAGAAGAAAUACAUGGAAAAAUUAAUAGAAGCAAUAAUUACAAAGAAGAAUGCGAUGCUAGAGUCCCCAACAGGCACUGGUAAGACACUCAGCUCUAUUUGAGCAGCCAUGGCAUGGCUGAAGAAGGAAAAAGAGAACAGGAAAGUUCCUGAAGAUGAAGAACACUUUUUCUAUGGACAUCGUCCUGGAGAUGUUGUCAAUAUGGAUAAGCCAAGGGUAUAUUUUUGCUCUAGGACUCAUACUCAGUUGUCACAAGUAAUCAAGGAGGUUAAGAAUACAAGCUAUAAUCCUUCAGUAGCUAUUUUAGCAUCCCGAACAAAUAUAUUCAGAAGACUCUAUUGAUCAAGCUUGAAAGAAAUUACUAUAAAAGAAAGAAGGCUUGAGAGGGUUUCUUGAAAGUACAAAGAUAACAUAGAAGUCUUCCUCAAAGAUAACAGAAGAAAUAAAUCAGUGAUCAGAGACAUUGAAGAACUAAAUGAGCUUGGAAGUUCCCAGUCAAUAUGACCUUAUUUUUACCAAAGAAAUCAAGCUAGAAAUGCUGAUCUAGUCCUGAUGCCUUACAAUUAUUUAAUAGACGGAUCAGCCAGGGCAAGCAGUAAUUUAUCGUUCGAAGGUUCUGUAAUCAUCAUUGAUGAGGCUCAUAAUAUUGACUCUAUCUGAGAGAAUUCGGCUAGCCAGGAAUUCACAGAGGAAACUCUAGAUCAAAUGUUGUCACAGAUAAGAUCAGCCGAUAAAAAGAUUAAUACACUUGAAGCGGAAAGGCCGAAAAAGGUAUCUUCUAUCCAUUCUUCAACCUCGCAAGAUAGACAGGACGUCAUUGGACUGGUUCAAGGUUUGAAAUAAUUUCAUCAAAAGUUCUUGGGAAAAUAAAUGUUGGAGUAUGUUCAAAAGAGUAAAUGAUUGCACCAUGAUCGCUCAAGUUGGAAAUAUCAUCGAGUUCUUGAAUACAGCUCUCCAGAAACAUAAUUCUAGCACAAUUAAGUUUGAAGAAGAAAAAGAUAUUUCUGGGACGAAAUGUAUAGAUGAAGAACCAAGCCUCUCUACCAUCAGUAGAAAAAACUUUUACGAAUGGCUAAACAUCAUUAGAGGAGUUACUUCAGAUCUUCACAUUCACAUGUAUAACAAAGUUGAGCUGACUAAUCUAUUUCAGAUAUUUGACAUGACUUUAUCAUUACUCAAUAACAUGCAAUCUUCGUCUACAAAGGCUCAGAAAGAGAAAUCUAAAUUAUUUACAUCCCAGUUCCAAUUAAUAGCAACAAAGGAAGAAUCUAAAUAUGACGACAUUGUUUGGAAAACCUCUGUAAAACUUACUUUUCAGUGACUAUCCCCUGAAUAUGUUUUUACAAAACUAAAAAGUCUCAGGCCAAGAUCGAUCAUCCUGACCUCAGGAACUUUAUCUCCUCUGGACUCCCUUGAGUCAGAACUCGGAUUGGAAUUUCCAGUGAGAUUGGAAAACAAGCAUGUAAUUUAUCCUGAUCAAAUCUUCCUAUCAACUCUCUCACAAGGCACGGCUGGGAAUCCCUUCAGGUUUACUUAUUAUACGAAGGAUCUACACGAAAUGAACGAAGACCUUGGGCUUACAAUCAUCGAGAUUCUGUACAAGUCUAAAAACGGCUCACUCAUAUUCUUUAAAUCAUACGAAAUGAUGCAGGCGAUGUUGGACCUCUGGACUAACAAAAUGCAGUUGUUCAAACCAGAAGGAGCUCUAAGAUAUCACUUUAAGACAACCAAACUCAGCCUUACUGAUAAUGAGAAGCACAUCAUCUUCAUAGAACCUCAGAAAGCAUCAGAAUUCGGAAAAAUCAAAGCUCAGUUUGAGACUAAAAUUAGUAAAGGAGAAAACACAACUCUGAUGGGUGUCUGUAAGGGCAAAGUCUCAGAAGGCAUGGACUUCUCGGAUACAGCAGCCAGACUAGUCAUCGUCAUUGGUAUUCCAAAUGCAGUCUGGACGGAUCCCAAAGUUCAGUGAAAAUAAGCGGUAUCUUGAAGAGAAGAGGAAUUUUGCAGUCAAUAUAAGCAAAGACUCAUCUGAUAAUUACUUAAAUGGUGCUCAGUGGUAUGACCAGCAAGCUCAAAGAGCUGUAAAUCAAGCUAUCGGUAGGGUUAUCCGUCAUAGAAAAGAUUAUGGAGCCAUCAUCUUGAUUGAUAACAGAUAUUCUCUUUAUCGGGAACACAGAUCAAACUGGAUGUCUUCACUUCAAAAAGAUUACGACUCCUUAGAGACCCUACUCUUCGAAAUGAAUGCAUUUUAUAAAUAGAAUGGACAAAUCAGACCCUAAAAGCUCCGACUACGAUGAAGAAGAAGUCAAAUUUCGUGACAUAAUGUACAAAUCCCACUCAGAACUCAGAGAAAAGAUAAAAAACACAACUAAAACCCUCUCCACCUGCCACGCCACCCUCAAAUCAUUCCAAAAACGUCCAAAAGUAAAAUCCAUCUCCAUUGAAGAAGAGUUCGCCAAAAUUGAAACAUUUUACCAAGAACAAAAAGAUUCAACCUAA